GCCGCGCCUGCGCAGUGCGCUGGUCUCCAUGGCGGUGCCGCGGAGCCAAGACGAGUUGGGGAAGAAGAUUUCAUUUAUGGAUGGACAUGAUACGUAACAUGCUGGUCCUUAAGUAACUAUGCCUUGACAUGGAACUAUUGUGUGUGCUGUCUUUUAAUGGAAGAAAAUGGAACUGGCCAUGAUGCCAAGAUGGAACAAUCUCAUGAUUUAUUAGUAGUCAACUGUAAUAACACCGAAGAGUCAGAAAGAGAUGCUCAGGUGUUUCAGCAUCUAACCUGCAUGGAUUCCAGGGAUCCUUCCUUUGGACAAAAUGAUUCUUCUGCAGUUUUGCCCAUCACAGUUGGUGUAGCAGAUAAUUCACCCCCAUCACAGCAUGUACCAGUCCAGCUGUCACAGCCACAGUCUCUUUCCACAGAGCAGUUCCAUCUAGUUGACCAAAAUGGGCAUCCUAUUCAGUAUGAGCUUCAGUCAGUAGGGGAUUAUAAUACACAGAUGAUGAUUGUUACUAGUCCAUCAGAAAAUGGACAGGUGCUUCAUGUAAUCCCAUCCACUCAGACAGGAAUGGCACAAGUUAUUAUUCCUCAGGGGCAGCUCCUAGAUGUGACCAGUCCUCAGGAUAUUUCAGAAGAGAAUACCACUGAUGGACACUUACAGACUGUAGCAGUGGCUGCUAUAGCAGACAAUACCAGUAGUUAUAUUCUUCAUCCACAAGCAUCCCUCUCCUUGCCUAAAAAGACAGCAACUAGAAUAGCUGACGACCCUUUUCCUGUCCCUCUGCAACCACUUCUUCCACAUACACCUACAUGGGCUCAUCGUCUACGGAAUUGUCAGAAAAUUGGAGAUUCGUACCGUGGUUAUUGUGUAAGUGAGAUAGAAUUAGAAAAUGUACUAACACUUCACAAGCAGCAGACAAAGACUAUAUGGGGGACACGCCAAUCUCCAAGCCCAGCAAAACCUGCUACACGCUUAAUGUGGAAAUCCCAGUAUGUUCCAUAUGAUGGAAUCCCUUUUGUCAAUGCAGGGAGCAGAGCCAUAGUGAUGGAAUGUCAGUUUGGGCCAAGGAGGAAAGGUUUCCAGGCCAAAAAAACUGGAGAGCAGGAAAGCACCUCCUCCUGUCACCUCUACAAAGCCACUUGUCCAGCACGGAUUUACAUUAAAAAGGUACAAAAAUUCCCUGAGUAUCGAGUUUCUACUGACCCCAAAAUUGACAGGAAGAUCAUCAGAAUGGAGCAGGAGAAAGCCUUCAACAUGCUGAAGAAGAAUUUGAUUGAUGCUGGAGGGGUUAUCAGGUGGUAUGUACAGUUGCCCACCCGAAAGGCUCAUCAAUAUCAUGAAUUGCAGAAACCUUGCCUCAUUCCUUCUCCUUCCCCUCUCCUUGUUUCUUCACUUGAGAAUGAGGAGGAUACAGUUCGGGAUGAGAACUCUACGUUAUCCUCACGUCUACAUCCACAAGUAGCAGAUAAAAUCAGAGAACUGGUAUCUCAGGGAAUAGAACAAGUCUAUGCAGUGAGGAAACACCUCAGAAAAUUUGUAGAGAGGGAAUUGUUCAAGCCUGAUGAGAUACCUGAAAGACAUAAUUUGUCCUUUUUUCCAACUGUGAAUGACAUAAAAAACCACAUUCAUGAGGUACAGAAGUGCUUGAGAAAUGGGGAGAUGGUGUAUAAUUCAGAAACUCCUCCAGCUAUGUUCCAAUGGACCACCGACAGUGGGAACAUUCUCACAGAGACUGUAACAGUUACAUUUGCAUCACCAUCCACUGAGGGAAGCUCACCAGGAGAAUCGAUUAUCACUAAAGUGGAAGCAGAUCAGACAGAGGAGUCUUUGUCUGCAGAGACAGCCCACUUGCUCUCUUCACUCUCUUCACUUCAGCCCAAAAUGUUUGCACAGUUGCAGGGUUUACAGUUACAACCAGCGUUCACCUCUACUGAUGGCACAACUGCUUUGAUAUCAGUAAAUAGCCACUCUCAUUCUACUUCUACAAACCUUCUGGAUUCAGUAGAAAGUGCUGUAAUGAACCAUUCUGUCGUGUUCACUCAAGGACAUAACCUUCAAGCAGGAGCCUGCCUGACACAGAACCAUCCGGCUUCCUCUACACUGGGUAACCUUCCUGGACCAGAUCAGAACCUUGUUACAAUGGGCCAACUGGUAGCAGUUGGAGGUGUUGAGGAUACAGGAAGCCUGGAAGGUAGUGUUCAUCAGAUUUUUUUGGGAGAUGUACAAACCAUUCCAAUCAGGAUUGUGAACAGCCACCCAACUCUUAUUGAAGAAAAUCUACAAGGUACUUUUUCUGUGAGUCAAGUUAAAGAAGAGCCCAGUGAACCAACAUUAUCUGAGCAAGCAAAUAAUAUCCUGGACAGAAAUACCUCAUCCAUGGUUUAAGUUUUUCAAGACUUUUUAAGGCUUAAAAUUUUGAAAAAUUCAACUCUCUUGGAAAUGAAAGUAGAUAGUGUCAAAAUGGUGCCAUUCUUCUCAGUGGCAUUGUUAAAGAGCAUAUUAUACAAUAGUUCUAAUGGAUACUUUCAUAUAAAACUGAUAAUGAUUUGUGCCAAUUCAAAGUCAUUGUGUUACCUUAUAAAAGAGUUUCUCUUCUCAGUUUUGGAUAGAUCUGCUAGUUCUAAAUUGUCUGAUUUAACCAGUAUUUCAAACAGUAGGCUGAAGGUUUGGUGCCAAUGUAAAUAUUUCUCCUACUCAUCUCAUAGAAAGUCUUAUCUGAUUUUGGUGCUUCAUGGCUGACGAAAACAUGCUCUUACAUACAUCAGUCAUAUGAGUCUUUUUUUUUCUUUUUUCUGUUUUUUUGUUUGUUUCUUUGUUUUUUAGGAGGAAAAUGGCUUUUAUAACAGAGCCUAUUUGGUACUAGUGGGAAAAGGUACUUAAACAAUGAAGAGAUUGAAUAUAAGGAAGGAAGUUACAUUCCAGUGCUAAAGAAAAUAUGGGUGAUAAAUGAAAGCGUAUUACAAAUAUGAAAUGUAAUGGGUCUCAUUUGUUAAAAUAAUUGUUAACAUUAUAAAUUAUUUUCUCUUGGGUUGUAAUUUGUUUCACCUGGAAAGAAACACAAUGGUUUUUGUUAUGACUACUAAUGACCGCAGUCAUUUCUGGUGAAAUGUGGCUGUACUUCAGCUACUUCCCUUUGACUUUUUGCACUUCCAGUUACAAAGAGUUUAUUGAUUAGUAGUUUUCAGAAGGAUACUUGGAAUAUUCUAAGUACCGAGAAUCCUGUAUCCUUAAGUAACUUGAAUUACACAGACAAGCAAUAGAAGUACAUGUAGCAUAUAUAAAUACUGUCUUUAUAGCUAAAACACUACCAUCAUUGGAAUUAGAGAACUUUUGAAAACAUGAAAAGGUUCCCAGAGUUAAAGGAAAUUUACAAAGCUUUUUAAACUGAUCUCAGAGGAUUUUUUUUAUAUUACAUUGAAAAAAAAUGGGCAUAUAUUUACAUUUUUUCCAUGCCAAACAAAAUUCUUCAUGGAUUGAUUGGCA